GAACAACAGGAGAUAUGUCCAUACUUGGCUACGGAGUCGUCUCUACAACAGCUUGUCUAUCGGUAACAGUCUUUACAUGAUAUGAGCAUUCAUCUUAAAACUUCUAGCGAAGACAGACACUGGUGAAAAGCUAAAAAUCGCAUCCAUGGUAUCUCAAGUGGAGCAGAAUGCACUGCCCAAGCCCCCUGUGCUGUUUGUGGGAGAAAAGGACAGCACAAAGCUUCUGGAAGUGUAUGUAAAAAGAAGCCUGAGCCUUAACGAUGGGUCAUACUGUCCACCUCGAAGAGAACAGAGACCACGCAAAUGGGUCACCCACGCAGAGCAAGAUAAGAGAGAUCGUAAACAUUCCAGCGAUACCUCACUUCAUCUUAAAACCUCAUUCUUAGGGGAGGACCUUGGUGAAGACGAGGCUUUCUCGGAACCUGAAACAGACAGAAAGGCGAAGGAAGAAGGUGAACCCACUGACAACACAUCAAAACUAUGGAAAAAGAAAAGCACUCAUGGCAGAAACAACGGAUCCUCUGCAUCUCAUACUUCUGAUGGGAAGCAGCAGAAAUUGUUUGUACAUUUUGAUAAAGAUAAGAUUGAUGGUAGACAGCCAAAUAUACGAUCUCUUCACCCUAAACCUUCAGCCACAGAGGAGGAUCUUACUAAAGAUAAAGUAUUUUCAGAACCAGUAACCGAAAGUGAAACAUCUGAUAAAUAUAAACGGUGGAAGAAAAGCUCUCUCACCAGAAAAGAUGGCUCCUCAGCAUCUCAGAGUUCUGAUGGAAAACCCAGGAAAUGGUUUUCACCUUUUGAUAAAGACAAGCGGAAUAGUAAAUUACCUCAUGAUUCCUUCAAAGUAGAGUUAGAAGACCUUAAAAUCGCAGCCCCUCUACCGCCUGCUCAACCACAGCCAGAGAGUUUAACCAAAGUAAAGAAGACCAAAGAGGGAAAGAAGAUUAAGAGGCCUUCAGUAUGGAAGAAUUUUCUGGGGUGGUUCUCCAGAGGGAACACUGACAAACAGGAUGAACAUGAUGAUGAUGAUGGGAGAACUGAAGAAGCACUUCCUACAACAGAACCUGCAACACCUCCACUCUCCUGCCUGCCCAUCUCUACUGGUGAUGGCAUUAUCCUGCGCCACACCAAGUCCACAAGGAGAAGGCGAUCUCAGAGGAAGCUUUCAUUAAAGAGACGCAGUGGGGACGCAUCAACUGUGCGGCCACUUACUUUAGACCUGUCUAGUGAAGCCCACAAUUCCCAGGUCCAAUCAGUUGAAGAGGUAGAUGCCACUAGUUCUUAUUAUGAGAAAAUGUCAGAAGAGCUGGAGAAAAUUGUGAAUGAGGUGAAAAACACUCCCACAGAAGAAAACAAAACUUUCAUCGAUUCAAUUCAGCCUACAGACACCGAGACCUUAUCCAGGUCUCAAGAGGAAAUUAUUAAAAGAAUCAUUGAGUUGAUAAAACACGAAGGUGAUGUUAUAAAUGAUAAGCUAAAGGAAAACACUAUCAUGAGCUCCUACUUCAACACAAUCACUUAUGGCUCCUUCCAGCAAUUAGCAGACCAGUAUGUAAAUUCUGAAGUCCACCAACAGGCAACACAGCCAACAGUGGUAGCUUCAGAGCUGGUUAAAUUUGCGUUCACCCUCGACUUCACAGCAAGAGUGGCAGGUCUCUCUCGCCAUGCUCCUGGAAAUAUCCUCGGCUUUGGAAACCAGUACCUCAAGGAACGUUUUACUUACACAUGUGAGAGUCACCCUCAUGUCAUGGACACAAGCACAGAGAAACCAGUGACAGCAAAGGAGAAUUCAGACAGGGAUGAGCGGCUUGGAGACCAUGCAGCUUCUGAAACUGAUGGACCAAAACAUUAGGUUAAAGCUGUAAAGUUUACAACACACAUUUAAUUAAAGGUUUAGUUACGAUGGAUUGUCACACUACACAGAGAGUCUAUCAAGUUCACCAUCAAGUUCUGUAUGUGCGAGAGACCUUGAAUAUAUUUAGCACUGAAUAGCAUACAGUAAAAGCUCUACUGUAGCAAAUACAUUUCAUCAUUAAGCAUUACUGUGACAUCCAUGAUCAUAUUAUAGAUAAAGCUUGUGAAAUGUUUGUUAUUUGUACUUCGGUUUGUAGUAAUCAUCAUGUUUUAUAGCACUUAAGCUCAUGAAAUGAGAUUUCCAAUAUGCUUUAAAUGUGUAUGCUGGCAUACACAAUGUAAUUAAAUGAAUAUAAAUUAAAUAUUAAAUACAUUAAA